AUGAUUGGAAUGGAAGUGGACAAAUACACAGCUCGCUUUCAUGAGCUUGCCAAGUUAGUACCUCAUAUGGUCACUCCAGAGGAGAAACGAAUUGAUCGGUACAUCUGGGGAUUGGCACCUGAAAUCCGAAGGAUGGUCACUUCGGCAAACCCAACCACUAUACAACACACGGUGGUGUUGGCAAAUCGUCUAACAAAUGAUGCAGUUAGAUCAGGGAUUUUAAAGCAAGACAAAUUUGGUGGAAAGAGGAAACUGGAGGGGCAAUCGUGUAAAAAGACCAACAACGAUUUAGGCAAAAACCAAAAAGUGAUAAGAAACUUUGGGGCUCAAUCUCAAAUAGGAGAAAAGGAUAAGGGAACUUACCCUAAAUGUGGGGAGUGCAAUAAUCACCAUAGCGGAAGAUGCAUUAUUUGUUUCAAAUGCAAUAAAGGAGGUCAUUUCGCUAAAGAUUGCAAGAUCAGAGAGAAUUGA